AUGGACCAAGAAAUGUCCCUUCCAAAGACGAGCAAGAAGUCUGCUUCAAAGUCGAAAUCAAAGCGCAAAACAAAUCGACCGUCAGAGCCAGAAACAACGCCAGACAUAAACCCAGAACGAAAGCUUGAGAUAAAGCCCGAAAUAAAGCCCGACCCAUCGCGUUCAAAGCUCGAUGAUCUUGGGUUCCUAGAGAUUUCACCUGGAAUUGAACCUGUUGUCGAUAUUAUCGCCAUUCAUGGUCUACAAGGCCAUCGAGAGAAGACAUGGACGACGGACGAUGGAGUUUGUUGGCUGCGCGGUCUCUUGCCUUCCGACCUGCCCAAUGUCCGCAUCCUCAGCUAUGGAUACGAUGCCGACACCGACAGUCACGAAUGCGUAUCCACUCAGACGAUCGGUCGACAGGCCGAAGGAUUAGCCAAUGCGCUUCGUCCUAUGAUAUUUAUCGCACACAACAUAGGAGGUAUCAUUCUCAAACGGGCUCUUGUUAUCAGUCACAAUCAAAAUCCGGGAUCAAAAGGUCACCUCCGAGAUAUUCUAGUAUCGACACAUGGAGUCUUGUUCUUUGGCACCCCACAUUUCGGCGCCGAAAAUACCACUUUCCUAGAGGGAAUCAACCUCGUGUUGUCGCUGUACAUGGAAACGACAGACGCUGUUCUCAAAGAUCUUCGAUCUCAUUCGACAGAGCUUGAGAACAUCCAGAAAGAUUGGGUCGCAGCGAGCGAGAAUAUCAGUAGCAUAUUCUUCUGCGAGGAUUACGUCAUGUCGAAUCAAGGAGAGGUUAACGUCCCGCAUCACUCAGCCAGCAUUGCCGGUGACCGCAAUGCGACGAUGGUUAUUCUUCAUGCCGAUCAUCGUAAUCUAGUUCGAUUCCCAUCCAGGGAGAACGACAACUACAAGGCAGUUCACUACCAUCUCAAAGAGUAUGUUAACACUGCACCCGAGGCAAUAUUCGACAAGUGGGUACAAGAGGACGAUCUCCGCAACGUAGUACUUGGGGAGCCCACACCGAAAAGAGCCAUACAGCUUUCGGAGCUGAUGGUCCACCUUCCAUCGGUCACAUUCGUUCCAUCCUCGGUCCACAAUACCUGUCUCAAAGGAACGCGUAAAGCUGUUCUUGAGGCAAUUCAAGAUUGGGCCAAUAAUGGUGACUCGUCAAAGCCCAUCUUCUGGCUAUGCGACAUAGCUGGUUCCGGUAAAUCCACCGUGGCGAUGACAGCAAUGGAGUCCUGGCGGAAGCAAGGAGUGCUGGGUGGUCAAUUCUUCUUCUCCAUAGCAAGCAGUGACGCAUCGACCACCGACAGACUGUGCUCUUCCAUAGCAAGGGACCUGGCUCAAUUCCUCCCUAAGCUCACACCGUACCUUUCUCAAGCUGUAACGGGGAAUCCAUCCAUCAUGCAAAGCUCCUUUGACGACCAAUUCCAAACACUCGUCACUGGUCCCGUCGAGCUCUGGAAAGGCCACGUAGUGCUAGUCAUCGAUGCAGUGGACGAAUGCAAGUCUACAUCACAGCGCAAAAAACUCCUCGAUACUCUUUCUACAGCUGUCCAAAAGUGCAAGAACCUCAGGGUAUUCAUGACGAGUCGCCCUGACCCGGUCAUCGAAUCCGUUUUGGGGUCGCUCUCGGUCAAAGCCAAGUUGGAGGACCGCCUUCACAAUGUCAACCAUCCUAAUAACAUCAGCGAUAUUGCACUCUAUGUUCAUCAAUCGCUAAAUCAAACCCUCUCAGAGGAGAAGAGACAGCGACUGGUCGGAAAAGCGAACGGGCUGUUCAUUUGGGCGAGCACCGCAUGCCGAAUGAUCAACGAUGAAACCACGAUGGAGACGCCCGAGGAGAUAUAUGAUCGCUUGGUAUCCUUGGAGGAACCUGGAGCUAUAGACGAGGUAUACGACCUCGUCUUUGAACGCACAGGCAAGGAAUCGUACGCGAUCCAGUGUCAGAUGCUCGCUUUGCUUCUUGUGGCGUUUGAGCCACUGACGGUGGGCGACAUGGAGGACCUUGUGAAACAUGUCGGAGUGCGGGGAAGUGUGAAGAGGUUGAUCAGGAAUCUAGGAAGUGUACUCAGCGUGGAACCGGGUACAAAUCUGGUCCAGUUCCGCCACCCCACCCUUUUCGAGUACCUGGGACGGUGCUCCAUCGCCCCCGUCGUUGGGGAUAGCAAAAAGAUAUAUCUAGACGCUGUCAAUGCGCACGGGCAAGUUGCAUCGUGGUGCAUCAGAUGCCUCAAGUCGCGGACUGAUGGUCUCAAGUUCAACAUAUGUCGAAUUGAGUCCUCCUUCCGUCUCAAUAGACAGAUCCCAGAUCUCGAGGCAAGAGUAUCGAGAUUCAUUACACGGAGACUUCGAUAUGCAAGCUCGCAUUGGCUUUUCCAUAUGUCGGGGACAGACGGCAAGAGGCGAUGCAUGCUCGAGAAGGAAUUUGGUGCCGUUGUUCAGAGCCCACGUGUCCUCCACUGGAUGGAAGCUCUGAGCUUGACUAGAGGCGUGCCGCGAGCGAUCGCCGGUCUACGAGCUCUUGCGGGUCAUAUUGAACUCAAAGGGGAGACUAGGAGAAGGAUCAGCGAUAUACGAAGGUGCUUGAUAGCAUUUUCGGUGCCAAUUCAGGAGAGCGCUCCACAUGUGUACAUUUCAGUUCUUCCAUUUACGCCAAAGGAGUCGAUUCUACGGAUCGAAGGUGUACGGGAGUACGGGGGGACCUUGAAUGUGAUUCGAGGGCUCGAGCAUGCAUACCCUGGGCCCCCGAUGGCACUUCAAGGUCACGAAGAGUCGGUCAGCGGCGUGGCAUUCUCGCCAGACGGAUCACGAAUUGCUUCUUGUUCUGAAGACCACACAAUUCGGCUUUGGGAUGUAGAUACGGGUGAGCCGAUGGGAAACCCCUUCCGAGGCCAUAGCGGCUCGGUCUGGGCCGUCGCAUUCUCACCAGACGGCUCACGAGUCGCCUCUGGCUCAGCAGACAAAACGAUACGACUUUGGGACGCAAACACUGGCGAGCAGCUCGGAGAGCCACUCCGAGGCCAUAGCGACUCGGUCUGGGCCGUCUCAUUCUCGCCAGACGGCUCACGAGUUGUCUCUGGCUCUGCAGGCAACACGAUUCGACUUUGGGACGCAAACACUGGUGAGCAGGUCGGAGAGCCACUUCGAGGUCAUAGCGAGUCGGUCUUGGCCGUCGCAUUCUCGCCAGACGGCUCACGAGUUGUCUCUGGCUCUUACGACGAGACGAUUCGAAUUUGGGACGCAAACACUGGUGAGCAGGUCGGAGAGCCACUCCGAGGACAUAGCGACGGGGUCUUUGCCGUCGCAUUCUCGCCAGACGGCUCACGAGUUGUCUCUGGCUCUGGAGACGAAACUAUUCGACUUUGGAACGCAAACACUGGGAAGCAGAUUGGAGAGCCACUCCGGGGCCAUAGCAACUCGGUCUUGGCCAUCGCAUUCUCACCAGACGGCUCACGAGUCGUCUCUGGCUCUGGAGACAACACGAUUCAGGUUUGGGACGCAAACACCGGUGAGCAGGUCGGAGAGCCACUCCAAGGCCAUAACCAGGCGGUCAAUGCCGUCGCAUUCUCGCCAGAUGGCUCACGAGUUGUCUCCGGCUCGAGGGACAAGACGAUUCGACUUUGGGACGCAAACACUGGUGAGCAGCUCGGAGAGCCACUCCGAGGCCAUAGCGAGUCGGUCUUGGCCGUCGCAUUCUCGCCAGACGGCUCACGAGUCGUCUCUGGCUCUGCAGACAAGACGAUUCGACUUUGGGACGCAAGCACUGGUGAGCAGGUCGGAGAGCCACUCCAAGGCCAUACCGAGUCGGUCUUUGCCGUCGCAUUCUCGCCAGACGGAUCACGAGUCGUCUCCGGCUCUGGAGAUGAGACGAUUCGACUUUGGGACGCAAACACUGGUGAGCAGGUCGGAGAGUCACUCCGAGGCCAUAGCGACUCGGUCAAUGCCGUCGCAUUCUCGCCAGAUGGCUCACGAGUCGUCUCUGGCUCUUACGACUCGACGAUUCGAAUUUGGGACGCAAACACUGGUGAGCAGGUCGGAGAGACACUCCGAGGACAUAGCCAGGCAGUCUUUGCCGUAGCAUUCUCGCCAGACGGCUCACGAGUUGUUUCUGGCUCAACGGACACAACGAUUCGAAUUUGGGACGUGAACACUGACGAGCAGGUCGGAGAGCCACUCCGAGGCCAUAGCUCCUGGGUCAAGGCUGUCGCAUUCUCGCCAGACGGCGUACGAGUUGUCUCUGGUUCUUGGGAUCGGACGAUUCGACUUUGGGACGCAAACACUGGUGAGCAGGUCGGAGAGCCACUCCGAGACCAUAGCUCCUGGGUCAACACCGUCGCAUUCUCGCCAGAUGGCUCACGAGUCGUCUCUGGCUCAAACGACAAGACGAUUCGAGUUUGGGACGCAAACACUGGUGAGCAAGUCGGAGAGCCACUCCAAGGCCAUAGCGACUGGGUCAGUGCCGCCGCAUUCUCGCCAGACGGCUCACGAAUCGUCUCUGGCUCUGGAGACAAGACGAUUCGACUUUGGGGCGCGAACACUGGUGAGCAGGUCGGAGAGCCACUCCGAGGCUAUAGCGACUCGGUCAACGCUGUUGCAUUCUCAUCAGAUGGUUCACACAUCGCAUCUGGCUUUGCAAAUACUGUUCAAAUAUUGGAUAAUACUCCUGGAUCUUCAUCAAAGCAGCUUAUUCAGCGCUAUGAGCACCCUGUCCUUGUCACCUCCACACCGGAUGGUCCUCGAAUUGUUUCCUGCUCUACCGGUGAUAUAAAUGUGAUGCUACAUGCGGACUCUGAUCCGGAUAUUAACCAGGAAGGUGGAGAAUCUACCUCCUCAUAUCUUGCGGAGGAACCCCAAGAUGUUCUUGUAAUCCCUGGCUUCAACCAAUGCUUGCUUACGUAUGAUGGCUGGCUACAAUUCGAACUCCGUGCUCUCCUCUUGAAGGGCAUUUCCUUCACUGCUAUUGCACGCCAGCUCGACCUCUCACUCUCCACUGUAUCCAAAUAUCGCCGUGUGUUUGGAAUUGCACUUGUGCAGAGGAAGGGAGGCCGUCCAGCCCUCAUUAAUGACAAGUACCAUCGCCGCAUUGUCGCUGCCAUCCGCUCUGGACAUGCCGACACCGUGCCUGAGGCCAAACAGCUCCUGGGACUUUGUUGCUCGAACCAGACUGUCCGUAAUGCACUAGGCACAGCUGGUCUCAGAGCCUGUGCCAAGGCCAGAAAGCCGCUUCUCAAGACGAGCCACCGACAACGCCGCCUCGACUUUGCCCUCCGCCACCGCCACUGGACCACAGAGGACUGGGCACGCGUCAUUUUCUCUGAUGAAUCAGAGGCCAACAGGAUGGGCUCUGAUGGACGUCGCUAUUGUUACAAGAUGCCUGGCGAGGAGCUUUCUAGCCGCACUGUCCAGUUCACAGUUAAGCAUGGCGGCGGCUCUGUGAUGGUCUGGGGUUGCAUGUCGGUCCAAGGAGUGGGCGAUUUAUGUUUCAUUGAUGGAACUAUGGACGCUAAGAAGUAUAUCCAAAUCCUGGACCAGCAUCUUCCCGCUUCUGUCCGCCAUUUCCGCAUGCAGCACACCAACUGGAUCUUCCAGCAGGACGGAGACCCGAAGCACACAUCUGCCACUGCUCGCAACUGGUUUGAGGACAAUGAUAUACGUGCUCUUGACUGGCCUGCACAUUCCCCAGACCUCAAUCCGAUCGAGCAUCUGUGGGAACACCUCAAGCGCUGUCUCAAUGCUUAUGAGACCCAUCCAACCAACAUCUAUGAGCUCGAGGCCCGAAUCUUAGCAGAAUGGGGCAAGAUUGAUCGCAAGAUCUUGGACUAUCGAACCUAUAACUAUCAGUCAAAUCCACAGGUCAAAAUGAUCUCAGUAUUCGCACUCGUUACGAUACUCGCUCCUUUGCUUGCCCAAGCUGCUGUGCCGCUCUAUGGUGUGUCUGGUGCGACGUGCGUGUACUCGAACGAGUGGUACUCUCAAUGUCUCCCCGGUGCCGCGACAUCGACAAAGACGACGUCAACGACAAGGGGAAGUACAUCCACGCCCACUACACCAAUGACACCCACGGGUAUCACUACAAAGCUACCACCGUCCUCUGGCUACGUUGCAUUGCCGACCACGUCUGUCAUUUCCGGAUCGUUUGACGGAGGAAUGAAGCGAUAUGACCGUGCAGGCUCAUCUGGAGGAUGCCAAGGACAGACAGAGACGGGCGAAUCGGACGCCGUGUUCAGUCUCCAGCCAGGUGCGACCAUUUCGAACGUGAUCAUUGGCGCAAAUCAAGCCGAAGGCAUCCACUGCCAAGGAACAUGUCGACUUGUUAAUAUUUGGUGGCAAGACGUGUGCGAGGACGCAGCAACGUUUAAGCAAACUGGGUCGGGAGACGUCUCCUACGUUAUUGGCGGCGGUGCCUUCCACGCAAGUGACAAGAUUUUCCAACACAACGGAGCCGGAACAGUCUCCAUUUCAAACUUUUACGCUUCCGACUUUGGCAAGCUAUAUCGUGCAUGCGGAAACUGUGCGCAGUCCUACCGACGUAACGUCAUUGUUAACAAUGCAAGGCUCGAGAGUGGGUCUAGUGGCGUUGGGAUAAAUACAAACUUCGGAGACACGGCCAGAUUCACUAAUGUCUGCUCAACUGGAAAGCCAUCUGUCGCAAAUAUGUGCUGCAAGUAUCAAGGCACGACACCAGGAAAUGAGCCAACAAAAAUUGGAUGCGGCCCUGAUUCCUCUUCCUGCAUCUACUCCAACGUCGGAAGCUGCUAA